AUGUUGGAUCUGUUCAAUCUGCUUGGAUGGGGAACAUUUUGGGAAGGAGAAGACCUACCACAAAGUGCUUCAACGCGACUCGUUCACAUCGUUAACAUAUCACAGAGUCAACCUCCAUGGCUAGCUCGACCUCUCUACGGUCUAGCUGCACCAGUAAUUAUUCUCGUCACACUUGUCACCAAUUCCUUCAUAGUGGUGGUAAUAGGCGUUGACUCAUGGAAAGCAAUGCUGUUAUGCCUUCGUGCCUUAUUUGUGCAUAUACUGCCAUGUGCUCUUCUAAUUAUUUUCACCACAUGUUUAUUCAAAACUGUCAAUGAAGCAGAUCGAAAGCGUAGCAUACAUCAAAUGCCCUGCCGUAAGGUGCAGUCCACAUCUGGAUGUUUAUCAUCAAAUCGUCUUAUGCAUGCUACAACACGAAUGCUUCUAGUUGUCAUCGCCAUCUUUUUACUCAUUGAAAUUCCUGUAGCAUUAAUAUUUAUUAUGCACCUAUUAGUGGUAUUCUAUCGGCUCCUCGACAUGAGCGAUUACAAAACCGUGAAUAAUCUUCUUAUUAUUAGGAAUUUUCUGAUAAUACUAACGUACCCGCUCAAUUUUGCUAUUUAUUUCGGGAUGAGUUCAUCCUUUAAAUUGCAGUUUCGGCAAUUAUUUUCCCGACAAGUGCUGUAUAUCACUUCCCCAGCUGAUGGUGCUGGAUGGCGUCCGCGGUUCUCUGUGCAACUCAUCGAUAUUCACAAAUUACGCAGACCAAGUCGAUUGAUGCGCAAAAUGACUCAGAAUUACGGCCAGAAACGAAUGUCUGCUACGGCAUUGGAUGCUGCUGCAAUGACGGAUGAGUAUCUGUAA